AUGGGUAACGCAACUUCUUGUGCUCCUUCCAAUGGAGUGGUAAAGGUCCUGCUGCUCUCCAAUGGUUCCUUACAAAUCUACACAAAGCCAGUAAAAGCAGCAGAGCUGAUGCUAGAAAACCCUGGAAAUUUUCUCUGUGAUUUCAGCAGUCUCAAAGUUGGCCAAAGAAUUCAUGGUGUAUCAGCUGAUGAAGAGCUAGAGAGACGCCAACUCUACUUUCUUCUUCCUAUGGACCUGCUCUACUCUGCGCUUACACAGGAGGAAAUGGCUUCUUUUACCUGCCAGGCAAGCAAAGCUUUCAAGAACAAUAAUAAUCAUUUUGGCAAGGUUCUUGGUGAGUUUUGCAUUUUUCCUUCAGAGAUUAAGACAAUGGAUCAUAUUGGUUCAACCAGCACUGAUGAUGAUGAUGAUGAUGAGCCAAAGCUUGUGGAGAGAUUCUCCAAGCAAAGAUCAUGGAAGCCUGCUUUGGAGACCAUCGUUGAAACUCCAUGGAGGCCAAUCUGA